AUGAGCUUACAUUUACCAACUGCCAUUUACAUCGAACCUCGUAUAGAUGGAAACAUAUCUGGCGAAGAUGAUGCUGAAGAAGAAUGUGAUGGAGUUCCAGAUAAUGUUUGCCCGGGUCAGCUAAAAGGUGGCUGUGAACUUGUAAUGGCUAGUGGACGCCAUUUACAAAACAUUGAUGAAGAAGAUGAACUUGGAGCCCCAAAUGAGGAAGAGUUACACUCUAUUAUUGUAGAAGACAUAUCUCAAGAUAUGGGGGAUCAACCAACAACAUCAAAGCGUACAGCAUCGCCGGAUAGAAAGCGGUUACGUAAAGUACAACCAAAACCUUCUAAUGUUGCAUUACCGCCAGGAAACAAGGAAACGAUAUUCCAGUGGAUAAAGAAUAAUUCAUCAUAUCUUGUUCCCAUUUUUCCAGCUGCAAAUUAUGAGGAUUGUCGUGACUUACUACCACAUCAACAAUUCGAAAAGUUUUUUGAUGAUGCAAUAUUGACACACAUUUGUGAACAAAGUGCAAUAUAUGCAACAGAACUUAAUAGACCGAAUCCAAAUAUAACAGUCGGUGAACUGCGCGCAUUUAUCGGCAUACUGAUAGUAACGGGCUUCAAUUAUCACUCCAAUUUUAGGAAUUUGUGGAGUCAGGAUGAAGUCAUUCGCAACAAUCUUGUAAGUAGCACCAUGCGUCGGAAUCGUUUUCAAGAGAUUUUGCAGUGUCUUCACUUCGAAGAUAAUUCCAAGGCCCCUUCGAAAGAGGGCGCAAAUUUCGAUAAAAUGUGGAAAUUGCGUCCUCUUACAGACCACCUAAAAGCAAAAAUGAUAGAGCAUUUUCAUACUGAACAAAACCUAUCCUUCGAUGAAAGUAUGAUAGCCUAUUUUGGUAGACAUGGUUGCAAGCAGUUCAUUAAAGGCAAGCCAUUACGGUUUGGAUAUAAAGUUUGGUCUCUUUGCACUCCAUCGGGGUAUCUGGUGAACUUCGAAAUUUACCAGGGAAAGAAUCCUCGGUCCAAUUCUGAAUAUGAAGCCAAAUUUGGAAAAUGCGCGGCUCCAUUAGUAAACAUGAUUGAUGAUUUCUCCGAUGAAAUGAAAUUGCUACCAUUUUCAUUUUAUUUUGAUAAUUUAUUUACCAGCUAUCCUUUGUUGGCUUAUUUGAAAUCAUGCGGAUAUAAUGCUACGGGAACAAUACGUGAAAAUCGCAUUCCAGCAAGCUGUCCACUAGCACAUAAAAAAACUUUCAAGUCGAUGGAAAGAGGUUAUUCCGAAUCGAUUGAGAUGAAAAGCACAGGUAUUCGUUUGGUGAAGUGGAAAGAUAAUAGUGUUGUCUGCAUGUUAUCUACUUGCUUUGGCGAAAAUCCGAAGUCCAUGGCACAACGUUAUUCUAAGGAAAGGGGAGCUAAAAUAAAUGUACCCCGUCCUCUUGCAAUCACGGAAUACAACAAAUAUAUGUGCGGAGUAGAUCGAUUGGACCAAAAUUUGGCUCAAUAUCGAAUCGCAUAUAGAGGAAAGAAGUGGUGGUCUAGUAUUUUUACCUGGCUCAUAGAUGCUUGUAUUCAAAAUGCUUGGCAGCUUUAUCGAAAAGACCAACCGACAAUGACUCAGCUUGAGUUUCGAAAACAACUUGCAGUAUACUACUGCAAACAUUAUGGUACAAAAGCCAAAACAUCUGGUCCUAUGACCUCCCACAGAUAUGCACAACAGCCGGGUCGAGUUGAACACACUCUCCGUUAUGAUCAAAUUGGACAUUUUGUAGUACCAUCAAAUCGUAGACACUGUGCUGGUGAUCGAUGCAAAGUUAACGGAAGAACAGCAUGUGUAAAAUGCAACGUUGGGCUUUGCGUAAAGUGUUUUGCAAGUUACCAUACCAAACCAUGAUUUACAUAAGUUCAAAAUUUUUUUUUCCUUCUUUUCACAAAAAUGAAUUAUUUUCUUUAUUUUUAAUUUCAAUAAACAUGUUUGAAACAUCGUUUUUUUUUUAAGCAUAUCCAAAAAUAAUAUUUUUUUUUUCGAAAAAAACCUGUACCCUAGGCGACCCAGGAUUACCAUAUGGCAACGCUAGUUUUUCACGUUUUCCGGAAAAACUAAACAAUUUAUUGAAAAAUCGACCUCAUUUUCGUGCUCAGAAGGGCAAAAUACAUGAGUAUACAUCUUUUGAUCAAAAUACAAAACAAAAAAAGUU